AUGGCGGAUGUUAUAUUAGACGCUGCGGCCACACAACGGGGUGAGACAUCAGACGCCCUACGGCGAGGUUCGGGGAGUAUAGACCGGGCGACUAUCGCGAAUCAACCGAGACGAGUAGUAGCUGGGGAUGCAAGCUCGACGAAUGACGGUUCCAUCUAUGCGAACAGCCACCAGAAUCCCAACCCCGAAACCCUGAAGGAUGUCAGCCCACGGCCUCAGCCAAACACCACAGGCUCAAGCUUGAGAACACAGAUAUCGCAGAUUUCGGUAUCGGGGCGCCAAAAACAAUUAUCUGGCCCUCCAGUAUCACUCUCCCGCUACGAUGCACAGGAUCAGUCGCCUAUCGACCCUUUAUCACAGCACAUCUUGAAAAGAACAAACACGGAGAAAUCCCUCUCCGUAAGGGCCAGGCCUAGACUCUCUUUCGAAACAGAACCACUGGCUUUAGAGGGCCACCUACCACGUCUAUCCGAGGACGGGUCAUCCGCUACUAGGCCCGAUGCUGGUGCGGGGCAGGCGCAGACUAAGGACAAGAAGAAGGGAGUUUCAUUCCUAAGUCGGAUAAUUGGGGGGAAGAGAAAGGGAUCAGUCUCCAAAUCAAAGGAUGACAUUUCAGAGUUGGACGAGCAACGAACAACUGGCUUAGAUACUGAGGUCUUUGCACACCCAGUAGGCUAUAUACCGCGGUACCCACCCCCGCCAAAGUAUAUUAAAGUACGAUCGAAGUACGCAAAGAAAAGGGCAUUCGAUCGAUUGUUUCUUGCCCAAGAGCUCCGAGGAGCUCUACCGGAGGCUGAGAUGGACUCGGCAGUAUCUGAAACGAACGCAAAUGGCAACAAGGCAGUAUGGGCCGCAGAGUUCUCUAAAAAUGGAAGAUACCUUGCCGUUGCAGGACAGGAUAAGCGAGUUCGAGUAUGGGCUAUUAUUUCAAAAGCAGAGGACAGACAUGCGCACGAAACCGAAGAAGAAGAAAGAAAUGGCCAGGCAGCUGUGAGGUUAAGUGCACCUGUUUUUAAAACGCAUCCCAUUCGGUUAUAUGAAGGCCAUAUUGCCAGUAUUGUUGAUUUGAGUUGGAGCAAGAAUGAUUUUCUGCUCACUACAUCAAUGGACAAAACUGUGCGCCUAUGGCAUGUUUCGCGAGAUGAAUGCCUGUGUUGUUUUAAGCACGCCGAUUUCGUCACAUCCAUUGAAUUUCAUCCCCGUGAUGACCGUUUUUUCCUUGCUGGCUCGUUGGACUGCAAAUUACGGUUAUGGAGCAUCCCUGACAAGGCAGUUGCCUAUUGUGUGACUAUCCCUGACAUGAUCACCGCCGUAUCUUUCACACCGGAUGGAAAGUAUGCACUAGCAGGCUGUCUAAAUGGACUCUGUGCCAUCUAUGAGACUGAUGGAAUGAAACCAUUUUCACAACUCCAUGUUCGGUCUGCUCGUGGUAAGAACGCCAAAGGAAGCAAAAUCACCGGUAUAGAUACAAUCAUCCAGCCACCUUCAAAUGAGAAUGGUGCCGUGAAACUCCUAGUCACCAGCAACGACUCACGGAUUCGCCUUUAUAACUUCAAAGAUAGAACAUUAGAAGCCAAAUUCCGUGGAAACGAGAAUACUUCCAGUCAGAUUCGCGCCAGCUUUAGUAGUGACGGACAGUAUGCCAUCUGUGGAAGUGAGGACGGCCGAGUUUAUAUUUGGCCUCUGGAUUCAACGGAAAAAUACCCCGACAAACGGCCGAUUGAGUUCUUCGACGCCCACAGUUCGAUUGUGACCACUGCCAUAAUGGCUCCUACGGUUAGUAAGAGGGUUUUGGGAUCAACUGGGGAUCUAUUAUAUGACCUCUGUAACCCCCCUCCAGUUACCUUAGUUAGCGCUACAGCGUCAAUUAUUUCAAAAGACCAGGCACGAAAUGAUGAGGAGCCUGUACCACCACCAACACCGCAAUCCCUCCAACCUCCUAGCCAACAAAAAGUGGAGGAGUCUCCAGCAUAUGUUGCACGAUCUGCUCAUCCGGGCGGUAACAUCAUUGUGACAGCUGAUUACCAUGGCACAAUCAAGAUAUUCCGACAAGAUUGCGGCUAUCACAAACGUCGACAUGAACUUUGGGAAACUAAUUCUACAUUCUCUAGGAAACUCUUGGGUCGUACGAAUUCGGUGUCUACACGACACAGCGUAGCAUCUUCGAUUGGCAGGGAAUCAAAAACCCCUUCGGAACGAAUUUUGUCGUGGCGAAACUCCGUAGUAGGUGGCCCUGGCAAUCGCAGUGUUGAUAAUCUACGUGGAACCCUUCAAUCUGCCGGGCGUAGUGGCUCUCCUUCCAAACCACGGAAUGCUUUUGUGGACACGCCUAAGCCCACUAUAACAAAUUCACCAGCCUCUCAACGAUUCAGUGGUGGGACUUCAUACAACCAACCCACACCACCUACAAGGUUGCUCGGCAUCAUUCAGUCUGAAGGGACAACUCCGUUCGGUCCCAAGGACGAAACUCCUCGACCUUUCGAGUUUAACACAAACGGGGGAGACCAGAGCUAUAUAACAUGGAAUAGGGCGCAGCCAGAUGUUGGUCAAGAGGAAUACAGCAGUACCAGUGGCUUUAACAGUAACGACGUUCCUAGUGAUGACGAUGUUGAAUAUGAGGAAGAGCUAGGGUGUUCUCAGUGCCAGGGCACGAAUUUCAGAGCCACUCGACUUAAAAAUGGGGAGCAGAGGACCGGAGACAUGGUUUACCUAACGACAUCACAAGACUAUCUCAAGCAGUCAUCAUUAUUACUGGAAGCAUACCCAGACACAACCCGAAUAACCACCAAAUACUCAUACCCCAAAAGACCAUCAGCGAAAGAAAGAUCCAAAGCAAAGUCGAAAGCAGCAACUUCAGAGUCCACCGAAGCUACAGAGCGGACGGCCGCGCCUGCAACACUUACCUUAAAAACAUUCAACCCCACCACAGGAAUAUGUCUGAAAUACCGGACGAACAAGGCCGCAGAGGUGGGCAGGUUGAUCGCCGGGUUGGGCAAAUUGAGUAGCGGUGCCCCGAUUGAAGAUUUUGUACCGACGCAGGUACCGGGUGGGACUGCAGUGGGUGGGACUGAAGAUGUUGAUAUGCUUGAAGUUUCGACACAGGGUCUUGCAUCGGCGCCAGUAGGAGAAGAAAAGGAUGGGAGGCUGUACGGAGUAAUUAUUGCUUGGACAGUGGUAAAUCACAUAUACCGCAUCCCAGGUUGGACAAAAACAUAA